AAGAUUAAGAUUGAAGUAUAAUUUAUGGUGGAGUUCGAUAUCGAUUCUUCUUAAAGAGUCAGUCGAAUUGGAAGACGAUUGAGAAACAGUUGACGAGUUACAUACUAAUUGUGGUGGAUAGAAAUUCAUCCAUUAUGAAGUUGAAUUGUCUAUUAUUGACAUUUGUAUUGACAAUAAGUCAUCAUUUUGGUGCUACUGAAGUUAUAAUAGAAGAAGAAAACACUCCAGGAAAAAAAUUUUUCUUGUCUCUACCUGAAGAGGAGAGAGAAGACUUUUUAGUUUUUUCCCUUGGCGACGGUUAUCUUCGAAACUCUUCAAAAGUGUCACGAAAUCCUGACUUUCCAUUCCCAGAUGCUCUGGGGAUCGAUGAAGAUUUACUCAGAAAAUUUCAAAGUUUGGAAGCUCCUCAAAAUUUUACGACAAAUCUUUACGCUUUGAUUAAAUCGAAAUAUAAUUUAGAUCAUCAGGAUUUACGUGAAUUGAUUCUUCGACGAGAAGUGUGUUUUCCCAAUCGAAAAUGUCUAGAUAUGGGAGAUGUUGGAUCCUUAUGUUGUCCUUUUUGAGUAAAUGAAUAUGUAAAAAAUGAUUAAAACCAAAAAAAACUUCUAAUUUUUAAAGGAACUUUGACAGCUCAUCCUUCUUAUAACAUAAAUCAUAUUCAUCUAGUAGCUUGAAGACUCAGAUGAGAAUUGAGGAAAAU